AUGUCAAGUGGUUACAGGUCAACAAAAUCCGGUAACCCCGAAUUUGACGAAGCUUCCCAAAAAGAACUUGCCAAAUUUCUCGAAGGAGAGAAUGCUAAAAUGCGUCUUCAACAAUCGAUCCAUACCUUUACUGAUCUCUGUUGGGAUAAAUGUAUCACCAAGAUUGGUAAUAAGAUUGAUCGUGGAGAGGAGACUUGCCUG